AUCUCUUCCGAUUUCCUUUCUACUCGAUCGCACUCACUCUCCCUUUGCUGUAACAGAAGAGAAAACCAUGGAGGAACAGAAACCAGGAGGCAUGAAUCAAAGCGCCGGUGGAAUGAUCGGCAAAGAAGAGAGUUUCGAUCAAUCAGCUUCCCCUCAAUCAGCUCCACCUCGUUACCCGACCACCGCCGCCGCCGCCGCCGAUUAUUUACUGCGAGACGAGAAAAUCGGGGGGAUGGUGCAGGGUCUCCACAGAGAGGCGUCCUGCUUCGCCAGCGAAAUCGAGGGCUUCUUCGGCGACAUUUACCCCGACGAUCUCACUUGCUUUACCUUCAAAACUCCGCAUUCCAUGGAGGGAUUUGCAGCCUGUGAUGGUGGCCUAACAGAUUCAUUCCUAUGGUCACAUAGCAGCAGCAAUACUAAUGUCAACCCCAGGCAAUACAGCCAUUCAGUUUCCAUCGACGCCCAGUCAUCCAUCUGUGUUGACAGCCCGACAUCAGCUAAGCCGAACGUGCGAGAGAUCGAACCGAAAGUCACAUGGAGCGGUUCGUCGCCAGAGCCAUCAAACGAGGAUGAAGAAGAUGCUGAGAUAGAAGCAGGGCCCUGCGAGCAGAGCACCAACCCUGCUGUUGAUGUCAAGCGCGUCAGAAGGAUGGUCUCGAAUCGCGAGUCUGCUAGACGAUCUCGAAGAAGGAAGCAAGCUCAUCUGGCUGAACUGGAAUUGCAGGUUGAGCAGCUGACAGGAGAGAAUGCAACGAUGUACAAGCAGCUCUCUGACGCGGCCCAGCAGUACCGCGAGGCUGGCACCAACCACAGGGUGCUGAAAUCGGGCGUCGAGGCCCUGCGAGCCAAGGUCAAGCUGGCUGAAGACAUGGUGGCUCGGGGAUCAUUCACAUGUAGCAUGAACAUGCUGCUGCAGAACAACAACAACAACAACAUUCAACCUGAUGCACAUCAUCAUCGGAUGGCAGCCAACGUGUCGCCGAGCAUCACGGUUCGAGGAGGAGAGGAGGUGUCGUAUGGUGGCGGCGGUGGUGGAGCAGGAGGAGGAGGAGUCUCAGUUGGUAGUGCAAGUCUGAACAAUGAUGUGAUUAGUGAGACUGGUGUAAGUUGUGUGUCUAGUGUAAUCUGGCCUUAA